UUGUUGUGCAAAACUGCAAAUGUCUCCUUUCUUUUGCUUUCUUAUUGGUCUUGUGUUAGUUUCUACUUCCGUUGUGUCGGCAGCCGAUGAGGUGGAUCCGAGUUUAAGGUUCGAGAAUCCGAGGCUUCGUGAAGCAUACAUUGCUUUGCAAGCUUGGAAAUCUGCCAUAUUUUCGGACCCGUUUAACUUCACGGCCAACUGGAAUGGCUCUGAUGUGUGUUCUUAUAUGGGAAUCUAUUGCGCUCCCUCUCCUUCAAAUCCUAAAAUCAGAGUUGUUGCCGGUAUUGAUCUUAAUCAUGCCGACAUCGCCGGUUACCUCCCUCCGGAGCUCGGUCGCUUGACCGAUCUCGCGCUCUUUCACCUUAACUCCAACCGGCUUUGUGGCAUUGUCCCGACCAGUUUCCGCCGGUUGAAGCUGCUUCAUGAGCUUGAUUUGAGCAACAACCGAUUUGUUGGCAAGUUCCCCAAUGUGGUUCUCUCGUUGCCUGGUUUGAAGUACUUGGAUCUUCGGUUCAAUGAGUUCGAAGGGUCGGUUCCCUCGAAGCUAUUCGACAAGGAACUGGAUGCGUUGUUUUUGAACGACAACAGGUUCAGAUUUGGUAUUCCUGAGAACCUGGGGAACUCUCCUGUUUCGGUUCUUGUCUUUGCUAACAACGAUCUCGGAGGUUGUAUUCCUGGAAGCAUUGGGAUGAUGGGCAAAACGUUGAAUGAAAUCAUCCUCAUGAACGACAAUCUUACCGGAUGUUUGCCUCCGCAGAUCGGGAUGCUUAAGGAAGUUACUGUUUUUGAUGUCAGCUUCAAUCAUCUCCAGGGAUCUUUACCGUCUACAAUUGGAAAUAUGAGGAGCUUAGAGCAGCUGGAUGUUGCUCACAAUGGCUUCACGGGUGUGAUUCCGGCCACCGUGUGCCAGCUUUCCAGGUUGCAGAACUUUACUUAUUCUUUUAACUAUUUCACUGGAGAACCACCCAGUUGUUCGGCGAUAUCUGGCGCAGAGGUGGCGAAUGGUACUAUGAACUGUAUUCCUGGAAAAAUGGAUCAGAGAUCUUCCGGGGAAUGCUCUUCGGAUGCUGCUAGACCUGUGGACUGCAGCAAGUUUAAAUGUAAUGGUGGUGGAAGUUCCAGAGGGGGAGGUGGUGAAAGCUCACCGCCGCCAAAAAGGAGUCAUGCUCCACCAACGCCGCGUCAAUCUAGUUCACCGAAGUGGUUUAGGAAUUCCCCGCCACCACCUUCUUCUAAGUCUUCGCCUUCCAGUAGAUCACAUCCUCCACCACCACCAUCAUCCCAGUCUUCACCAAUGCCUUCUUAUAAUUCCCCGCCGUCACCGCCACCACCGAAGUACUCUCAUGUUUCAACUCCACCGCCUCCAACUCAAAGAACAUCACCAAAGACGCAUCUUCCGCCGCAACCUCCGCCUGUUCACUACGAGCCUGCACGCUCUCCACCUCCAAUGGUACAACCACCUGCACCAACCCCAUCAGGCCAUUACUAUAACACUCCACCACCAAGCCAUUACCACAAUACACCACCCUCACCACCAGUAGAACAACCAACUCCAUCAGGGCAUUACUAUAAUAAUCCACCACCACCACCGCCUUCGCCGCCGCCACCAACAAAGAAUACAUCACCAAUUACCCAUUAUGCACCACCUCCUCCCCCACCGGCUUAUUAUGUUCCCACGCCCAGUCAUUCAUCGCAGCCACCGCCGCCACCUCAAGGUCAGUAUUUCCCACCUCCAUCAACGGGGCGGCAAGCAAGCCCCCCUCCACCUCCGUCAACUAAUGAACAUCAGUCUCCGCCUCUACCAGUAGAAUACCAUCCACCACCACCAUCUUACGAGCAUCAGUCUCCACCUCCACCAGCAGAAUACCAUCCACCACCGUCAUCUUAUGAGCAUCAGUCUCCACCUCCCCCAGUAGAAUACCAUCCACCACCGUCAUCUUAUGAGCAUCAGUCUCCACCUUCACCAGUAGAAUACCAUCCACCACCGUCAUCUUCUGAGCAUCAGUCUCCACCUCCACCAGUAGAAUAUCAUCCACCACCCAAGGAGUCAUGUCAUACUACCCCUCCUCCACCGCCACCGCCGCCAGGAUGCACAACUCCCGUAUCAGCACCACCGCCCUCGCCAAGCCAACACUCAACUCCACCAUAUUCACCAACACCCGAUCAUCACUAUUCACAACCAUCUCCACCGUCCCCACAGCAUCAAAGCCCUCCACCAACCCACUAUGCAUAUACAUCCCCGCCGCCGCCGCCUCCAUCGCCAUCUCCUCCACCGCCACCCUCAUAUGAAAACACACCACUUCCACCGAUCAGAGGAGUAUCAUACGCUUCUCCUCCUCCGCCGGUUAUUCCCUACUACUAAAGUAUUGCUUUUUCGCGCCAUUGAGUUGUAAUUCAAAAUUCUUGUGGCGCAACCAUGAGUAGAUGGCCUGUUAAAUUGUGUGUUUUUUUGUUGAACUAUUUUUCCCCAUAAAUAUCUAAUAAUUUAUUUCAUUUC